GCUUUGCUCUUACGUUUUUCCGUUUGUCCAACCCAUUAAAUAUGUCCGAGUGGAGACAUAACCCAAACAAAAAACCGGUGGUUUUUAAGUCAACAACAAGAUGACCAAACAAACAUGGAAUUAGGGAAAGCUAAACUUCUGAGGACUGGACUCAAUACUUUGCACCAAGCCAUUCAUCCAGUCCAUGGGAUAGCUUGGACAGAUGGGAGACAGGUUUGCCUCACUUCACUCUACUAUGUUGCUGGUGAGCCUAAAUUUGGUGACACUAAUGUAAUUGGACAAUUUGAACAUGUCUUUGGACUUAUCUGGGGACCUCUGUGUUGUUCGGGCACUCCAGCUCUGCUCGCAGUGCAGCACAAGAAGCAUGUGACUGUGUGGCAGCUUCAGCUGAGUGCCCUCGAGCAGAACAAGCUGCUGUGCACACAGACAUGUGAAAUGAGUGAACCUUUCCCGCUGCUGUCUCAGGGCUGUGUGUGGCACCCUAGGCAAGACAUCCUGGCUGUUUUGACCAAGCGGGAUGCCUCUGUUUUGUUCUCUGUGAGAGUAGAUAAUCGCCGCGUGAAGGCAGACAUCCACGGCAGUGGUCUGAUCCACUGUGCAUGCUGGACUAAAGACGGAACUAGGCUGGUGGUUGCCAUUGGCAGCGCUCUUCACUCCUAUAUAUGGAAUGACAUCCAGAAAAGUCUGGUUGCAUGUACGUUUUGCCCUGUUUUUGAUGUUGGCGGCUGUAUCUGUGCCAUUGAGUCUACUGAUGAUGCCCAAGUGGCUGUAACAACAGAACUGCCUCUAGAUAAAAUCUGUGGGCUUAAUGCAGGUAUUGCCUUUGACUUGUCAAAUGAAUCAAAGCCAUUGUCUACUCAUCAGCCUUCUGCUGUUAUGUCGGAGGAAGAUGUUUGCUCAGAAUCCAGGAGAAAGUCUUUUGACUCAGACCGUUCGCUACCUUUAGCGUUCAUUUCAUCCUGUGGCCCCACUGACCUUACGCACAUUCUGUCAAAACACAGAAAGUCAGACCCUAGUCCUUUGAUUCACUUGAGGCGGCGAGAUCAUUUGACAGGAUCAGGUCAAGACUCAUCACAUUUGAUUUUAGUCAGGUACGAGCGAAAGGUUACGACCACCAGGAAAGUAAGCAUUCCUGGCAUUCUGGUCCCUGAUAUCAUGGCCUUUGACCCACAAGGAAACACAGUUGCAGUUGCAUCCAAUACCUGCAACAUGGUGUUGGUCUAUUCUAUCAUGGCAUCCUCCAUGCCCAAUGUUCAACAGAUACACCUACAGAAGAAUGAAAAACCUAAAGGCUUAUGCUUUCUUAGCAGCAAGCAGAUCCUAGUCAUGCUCGGCCGACAGAGGAGCAGUGACCCAGCUUUCCUUCCGUCUUACAACACAGACAAGUACGUCGUCAGGCUCGUUGUCCGGGAGCUGGUGUUUGAUGAGGACACAGCGUCCCCUGUUGUCCAGAAGCCCGAGUCUCCAAGUGACCUCCAGGAGCUUAGGCGUCAUUCGGAAGCCUACGCUAAAGAUUUUGCUUUGAAGGACCUUGUUCUUCCAGGAGGAUCUGUAAUCCUGUCAUCAAAUGUCAGGAAGAAGCUAAUUGAGGAAGUGUCUAGUUCAGAUGUGAGCUCAACUGACUUCUCAGACAGAGCCACUUCCAGCACGUCCUCCAUCACUGUGGAAAACUACGAUAUGGAUCAUCUCAAUCGCAUGCCCACGCUAGCAACAGCCACUCGACCGUCUUCCCCUCGAUACACAGCAUCAGAAAAACUGCUGUCGGAUUCUCCUCUGCUGAAGAACAGCUGUCAUGGAAAAGAGAACAACUCCGAGCAACUCGCACACAACAUGGAGAGGAUAUUUGGCCGAUUUGCAGAGGUGCAGCAGUGCCUCUCAGAAAUAAAAGACUUCACCCAGAAUGGAAAAAAGCUCAUGAGCAGCUACCCACCAGUUCGUGAACCACAGUAUGUCCAUGUCACGUGUCAGAUGCAGCUGUCGGAGAACGUGUACACAGAUGAAAGGAGACCGGUGCUGUUAUGUGAAGGAAGACUCUGUCUCCGAGUCCUGCAGGAGCUCUUCAACCUGACUGUUAUGGAGAUGAUGCAUGGGCCACUGUGGAUUGUCUUGGUGGCCGACGCAGACGGAUUUGUACCACUCACCUUCAAACACCAGGAGGAGCUCAUGAUACGGAGUGCGAAGAGGAAGUUUUCCUUCAAGUCUGCCAGCGCCAGUGGGAGUAAUGAUCAACCUCUUGAAAAAUCAGCAAAUAUAGAACAGUGAUUUCGUGCGCUGUAGCCUUUCCGGUCCACACACUCCCCAAGCCAUCACAAUGAAAAGACAAUGCCUCAUAAUGAGUGUUUACAGGCCACUAGUGGCUUUGUUCUAGAUAAAUGAAGACCAACUCUAUUUUUAUACAUCAUAGUGCCUGCUUUUAUGUUCUAAUAUUUAUUGUUGGUGUAAAGAAAUGUCAUGCAUCUUGGGACAAAAUGGAUUGUUAACAAAAAACGUUGUUUUGAAUUAUAAUGAUUUAUCCACGUAGUACAUCAGUUGUAAUGAGUUAGAUGUAUGUAAUAAGAGCUGUUUGUUUGCCCCUCAAUAUAAAUAUAUCUUCUCAAGUGAGACAAGA